UCCGAUCUUUUAAUCAUGGUAUUCCCGGAAGUUGAAUUAUCAGCAAUUGGUAGGAAGCAGACGCCGGUUCGUUUUGGAGGUGGUGAACGUUUAUUAAACACCAUGGCCUGGAGAUUUAAAGUGUCAAAAUUCAAGAAUGCAACACCCAAAUUUCCUAAGAAGGAAGAGCUGAUACAAGAAGUACCUGUUGGCAAUCCCAGUUAUUCAUGUGGGAACCAUAUCAAAGCCAGUUGUGUAUAUAUGGUUUUCAAUGUUGACACAACCAAUGGUGGCUCUCUAGGUUACCUCCCACUUAAUGCUCAGGGUCGUAUUGGAAGUGACCUUUGUUACAUCCAUGCACAUGGAGAAUUUGUAAGUGAUUAUGACUUCUCCCCAUUCGAUGAUUAUAUGCUGGCAUCGGGUGCUUACGAUAACACUAUAAAAGUGUGGUUGCUGCCAGAGGAAUUUGUUAGAGGAAGUGUAACUGAUCCUGUUUUAUCACUGCCUACUCAAAACCAUCGCAUAGAGAAUGUUCUGUGGCAUCCAACAGCAGAAGGGGUCCUUUCAGUGUCAACUGACAAAAGUAUUAAAAUCUUUGAUGUUGCUGCAGGAAAAGAAAACUAUGCAAAUAAUGUCCAUGGUGACCAAGUGCAGAGCAUUUCUUGGAAAAGCACUGGAUCUGUGAUAGCAUCUACUUGCAAAGAUAAGCAUUUACGUCUAUUAGAUCUUCGUGGAAAUGCUGUUGUUCAAGAAACAGAAGGGCACCAGAAUGUCAAGGACACACGUGUCUUGUGGCUGGGAGAGACUGAAUAUAUCUUCUCAACAGGAUUUAACAGGAAUCAGCAAAGGGAAUAUAAGCUGUGGGACAUUCGAGCAUUCCAGUCACCACUUGUCACCAGCGAUGCACAAGGAAAUGGAACAUUGAUGUGCUUCUAUGAUGAAGAUACAAAGAUGGUCUUUCUGGCAGGAAAGAGUGAUAGCAGUAUAAAAUUUCUGGAGCUGACAGAAAAGUCACCUUACCUAACUGAAGGGAUGACAGAUCACACAGAGCAGAUCAAAGGAGCAGCUUUGGUACCUAAGCGGGCCAUGGAAUUGAUGUCAGGAGAAGUAGACAGACUGCUACUGUUAGCCCGACAAUCCAUUAUCAGUGUACCUUUUAUAGUGCCUAGAAAGUCCUACAGAGACUUUCAUGAUGACUUGUAUCCUGAAACUGCCUGCGGUGAACCAGCAUUGACAGCAGAACAGUGGUUCUCAGGAGAGGAUAAUGUGGUAGCUAAAGUAAAACCAACACCAAACAAACCACUAGUCAAGCAUGAAAGACGAGGGCUUUUGCUUGGAAAUGGUACUAAGUAUAGUUAUUCAAAUCAGGAAGAAAUUGCUGUUUCCAAGGUGGAAGUCACUGUUAAGCCCUCAGUGACUGCUCCAAAGCCAGCAGUCCAGCAGAAAAACCCUGCAGUCACUCCUGGUGCACAAGACAGCAAACGUGUAACCAGUCCAUCAUCCACAAACAUUCCCACUUCCAAAGUCAAUUUGAAUGGUCUCUUGGAGACACAGCAACCACCUGCUGAACCUGCUGAAAAUCCAGCCAAGAUAAUCAAGGCUUUUAAAGGAGUCCAUCAAUCUAAGCUGCGGUAUGUGAUUGGCAAAACACUCCACCCUUCAACUCACAUCACCAACAUUAAAAACUUGUGCAAGACCAUUCCUGGUGAGAGUGAUUUCUUUGUGGCCAACAAUCAUCGCUGUGCAGUGCCUCUUGAGGGUGCUGGUGGAAUAAUUGCAAUUUUAGAGCUCACCCAGCCUGGACGCCUGGGAAAUACAAUUGAAGAAAUGCCGACUAUUCAGAAUGGAAGCAAAGUGGCUGACUUUGUAUGGGACCCUUUUGAUGACUUUCGGCUAGUUGUUGCCUGUGACAAUGCCAGGAUUAACGUGUGGAAAAUACCACCAGAAGGUCUUCCUGUAGGCCCUUCCCAAGAUAAACCUGAGUUUUAUCUGAGAGGACAUUCAGAAAAAGUAUACUUUGUACGUUAUCACCCUUUGGUCAAAGACAUACUCAUGUCCUCAUCAUAUGACAUGACAGUACGUAUGUGGAACCUCAGCACAAAGUCAGAGGUUAUGCAGCUUCGGGGGCAAGAAGAUCAGGUGUUCUGCAUAGGGUGGAGUCCCUGUAGCAAGCUAUGCGCUACAGUGUGCAAGGAUGGACUAAUCAGAGUCUAUGAGCCUCGCAAAUCUCCAGACCCUAUCAGGCAAGGAAAAGGACCUGAUGGAUCAAGGGGUGCUCGUGUUCUUUGGGUGUUGGAUGGCCAUUACCUUCUUGUGUCUGGCUUUGAAAAGACAAGCAAUCAACAGCUCAUUAUGUAUAAUGCUGAGACAUUGCAGGUUCUGAAUACUGUGGAGGUGGAAAGGAACCCUUCCAUUCUGAUACCACACUAUGAUGAAGAUACCAGCGUUAUUUACCUCCAUGCCAGGGGCGAACGCACAGUUGACAAUUACGAGGUGUGUGAUGAGAGCCCCUACCUUUUUCCAAAUACAAGCAUCAAUCUGACAUCCUUACACCAGGGCCUGGUGUUUGUACCUCGUAAUAAGCUGGAUGUUGCAGCUGUAGAGGUGGCUCGAGCCUGGAGACUAACCAACAACACUGUGGAGCCAGUUAGUUUUACUGUACCUAGAGUCAGGACAGAAUACUUCCAGGAUGAUUUGUUCCCAGACACACGUGUGACAUGGGAACCUGCACUGACAGCAGACCAGUGGCUUGCUGGUCAAAAUACCAAGCCUCGUACUAUCAGCUUACGUCCUGUAGGCAUGAAGCUGUUGAGUGAGGCACCAUUGGAAGAACCCAAACCCAAGAAAUAUGAAAGCUACAAUCCCAGUGUGUACAAAUCAGAUGAGCAGAAGAAAGAUGAGCUGAUGACAGCUAUAGUUGGUAAACUGGAAUUGUCAUCAGAACCAUUACCCCAAGACUUAGCAGAGGGUGUGGAAGAAGAUGAAUGGGAGGAUUGAGAAUCAUAUACCUUGUGCACAUUCCAAAUAAAAAGUGGACUAAGGUCAUUGGAUAUUGGUAUUU